UACUGCAACUUUUUAUGGGGGGGGUGUGUGUGUGUACGUGUGUGUAUGUGUUUACCAGAUGUAGACCCAGAUGUACAGUAGGUGGUUGUAAACAGACCAGGGGUGGACUGACAACUCAUGGGGCCCCCAGCAAUAGGGGAUCAUGGGGCCCCUGUGUCCUUGCCCAAACUCAAAAAAGCCUAUGAAAAUGGUACCAUGGGCAUCUCAUGGGGCCCCCUACUGACCCCCAGGCCCUCGGGCAGUGCCAGAGUUUCCAAAUGGUCAGUCUGCCCCUGCAAGGGACACAAGUCUGUUGACACCCACUGGUCAAUAGGGGUG